AUGAGCAGCAAUAACCUGAAUGAGGGGUCUGGAAGUGACCCCAAUAAGGAAGAUACGCCUUCCUGCUCAACUGGAACUACUAAGAAACUGGGAUUUGCUUUGAAUGUCAGCUCGGAACCAGCUCAGACACCAACAAUAUCCCUACCCCAUACUCUUGAUCUUAAAGAUGCGAAAAAGGCCUUCGCUCUGAAAAUUGCUGGAGCUUUGCCCUCAGGAGGUUCAUCCCCGGCCAAAAUUAUCCAUGCAUUUAUUCACGUUAAAGAUUAUGAAGGUCUGGACAGAUAUCUCAGCAAAUAUGACGUGGAUAAACAGGUGUUGGAUUUUGCCCUUCAAAAGGCAUGCAUCGCAUCAAACGCCGAGGCUGUGGACGUAUUAUCUAGUCAUGGUGCCAAUGUAGACUUCGUUGACCAAUUUGGGACCACACUGUUGCACUUCGCUAUGCGCGGUGGCGGUAACCCGGAUGUGCUAUUAGCUCUUCUACGUCAUGGAAUGCAAUACCGAGACUGGAGGAAUGAAGGACAAAAUCUUCUCAACUGGGCUUGUCAAUGGGGUCACUUAGGCAUCGUCAGCCUUGUUUCGGCAUAA